GAACCUCUCACCACUUGGUUCCCAGGAAAAGCACAUUCGAUAAGUGUUUUGUCUCCUCUCUAUUCCUAGCUCAUUUCUCUUAUACACAAACACUAACUUUUGAUAACUUUAACCUCAAGGAUCAUAAAAUAACCCCAAAGUUUUGUUUCAUUUUCUUGUCUUGAAACCUAACAAAGCAAAUCGAGAUGGGACUAAGGAUGUCAGAAUCAGCUAAACCUUACUUUGCAAUGGUCUGUCUUCAGUUUGGAUACGCCGGUAUGAACCUGCUCACUAAAACCGUCCUUGACCGCGGUAUGAGCCAUUACGUUCUUGUUGCAUACCGCAACGCUUUUGCCACAGCCGCGAUCGCACCUUUCGCAUUUCUCUCUGAAAGGAAAGUGAGGUCAAAGAUGACGUUUUCGAUAUUCAUGCACAUAUUUGUUCUUGCUCUUCUCGGGCCUGUGAUUGAUCAGAAUCUAUAUUACAUCGGUCUGAAACUCACAUCUCCGACGUUUUCCUCCGCCGUCAGCAACAUCGUGCCCGCAAUAACCUUUAUCCUCGCCACUCUAUUCAGGAUGGAGAAAGUGGAGAUGAAAAAAGUAAGAUGCCAAGUAAAAGUGGUGGGGACUUUAGUGACAGUGGUUGGAUCCAUAUUGAUGAUAUUAUACAAAGGUCCUUUCAUCAAUUUCUUCCGAUCUCACCUCACCACCACCGCCACCGCAUCUUCGCCGCUGGCCGGUGAUUAUUUUAAAGCCGCCGUCUUCCUCCUUCUCGCUUCCCUCUCAUGGGCUACCUUCUUCAUUCUCCAGGCAUGGACUUUGAAGAAAUACGCAGCCCAUCUCUCGUUAUCAACCAUGGUGUGUUUCAUGGGAACGUUACAAUCCUUAGCCCUGGCCUUCGUAAUGGAACACAAUCCUUCUGCUUUGAACAUCAGUUUUGACAUGAACCUUCUAGCUUCUGCCUAUGCGGGAAUAAUGUCGUCGAGCGUAGCUUACUACGUUCAAGGACUUAUGAUGCAGAGAAAGGGACCUGUCUUCGUCACUGCUUUUAACCCUCUUGUUGUCGUCAUUGUCUCCAUAAUGAGCUUCUUCGUUCUCGGCCAAGGAAUCUACCUAGGAGGGGUUAUUGGACUGGUUGUUUUAAUGGUGGGAAUCUACGCCGUGUUAUGGGGCAAACGCGUAGACGAUGAUGACAAAGAAACACGCUGUGAAGAUAACAUUUUAGAAGCCGUUAAGUGUUGUAGUGGCAAUAAUAGUCUCUCGAUCAUGCCAACAAUCGAUGAAGCUGAUGAGGAUGUUGAAACGGGUAAAGUUCGGGCGGUUGAGAAGGAAGCAUCGCUGGGGGUUGUGGUUUUUUGCCGUGAAAAUGGGGAUAACGUUUCACGAUGCUAAUUAGAUGUUUUUUUUUUGUUUGAGGCAAAGUUGGGGAGAAGAGUACCUUGUUUUUGAUACUUGUAAGUUUGAAUACCUUCCCUUGCUUCAAAAGUUUUAUUAAUAGUUUUGAGUUGUUAGAGUAACUAAGGGUUCUAUGUACCAUCCAUUUUGAUCGUUAACUAGCUAUAAGCUAU